CCAGCCUCUCUGGCGCGCUUGAAACACACGCUCCAGAUAGACACAGGCCAAUGGCCAAUGCACCUGCGCAGUCCUCACCCUUGCGGCCGGUGAUAAUAAUAACUCGCCAAAGCUCAGUUCCACCCCAUACCGCAUGAAACUACCCAUUACUCUCACUCCUUUAAAUCAUAGUCUAAAAUUCCCCUCGAUUUUGCUGUUUCUUUCUUCAAUUCUUAUUUUCCCAUGUUAUCUCGUGGCCAGAAAUUUGUCAGAUUUUGCUGUUUGGGGUAAAACGCCUGUGACUUGUUUUCAUGGCGAAAGAGAAUCAAGCGGAGAUGGUUAAUGCUAGGCGGCCUUGUUUCUUCGAGAUUUUCUCCUCUAAUUUAACCUCGGAUCGACUGAGAAUACCUGCAGAAUUCACCAAACAUAUGGAAGAACGAAUAUCUGGAUCAGUUUCUUUAACUGGCCCUAGUGGGAACGUUUGGCCAGUUAACUUAACUCAACAGGACAAUGAUAUAUUCCUUGAUCAUGGAUGGCCAACUUUUGUGAAAGAUCAUCUUAUAGAAUGUGGUGACGUUUUAGUUUUCAGAUAUGAUGGAGAAUUGUGUUUUUCGGUGCAAAUAUUUGAUGUAAGUGGAUGUGAGAAAGAAGCUGCAUUUCAUUCCAAAUGCAGCCAAGAUCCCAACCAGUUUGGUAGAAGUAUUGGGCAGAAGAGAGAAAGAGAGGGAAAAGCUGCAUCUUCAGAUAAGAGUUGUGAAUAUUUGUUGAAAAAAGUUAGGGGAGACUCUUCUGAACUGUAUUCAGAACAUAUAAACAAAAACUUGGGGGCUGGAGUGAUUAUAAGUAACAAGGAAGGAUGCCAGCUUGAGGAGGUAAUUACAGCUAAAAAAUGCCGAGAAGAGAAUUCCUACCAUGAACAAUGUUUUAGUCCAUGCCCAAUUUCUGUCAUUCCCUCUCAAUCAAAAACUUGCUAUCAAAAUUCCGAGGCAGACAUCCAGAAAAGAAUUGGCAAAGAUGAAAAUCUACCUGACAGGGUGACUGGGUCAAUAUUGUCACAACGUGAGAAAAGAGUUGCACAGUCUUUUAUCUCUUGCUUUCCUUAUUUUGUGAGGAUCAUGAAAAGGUUCAACAUCAGUGGUUCAUACACUCUGAAUAUACCAUAUAAAUUUUCUACAGCUCAUCUUCCAAAUUGCAAAACAGAAAUUGUCCUUCGCACUGUCAAAGGAGCAUGUUGGACUGUGAAUUCCGUCCCAACAACAAGAGUUCACACAAGUCAUACUUUCUGCGGAGGAUGGAUGGCAUUUGUUCGCGGUAAUGACAUCAAAAUGGGAGAUGUUUGUAUUUUUGAACUUGUGCGCAAAUGUGAAUUGCGUGUCUUUAUUCUUCGAGUUGGAAAGGAAGUUCUGGAAAACCAAAGUGGAGAAGUGGCGUCUAAUGAGGUAAGUGUUGGUUGCACAGCCAUGUCUCAUGAAAGUGAAAGUUUUCCAAAGAAAUCCAGAAAAAAUGCUUUAAAGGUCCAUUCACGGCUCAUCACAAAGGUAGAAAUUUGUGAUAAGAAGGGAUCUAAUAAGAGUCAAGCAGCAGCAAUUUCCAAUCACACAAGGAAACGUAGCAAUGUAAAGAAGAGUUCUGCCAGUGCUCUGCUGUGCUUUCAGUCAAGAGCUAGCAAGGAAAAACUGGUGCAAACAGAGGUGGCCAUUAACAGUGGAAAGAAUUUAGAUGUGAGUUCUCAUGAUGGAGCUGGUGGGAGAAUGAUGUUAGCACUCAAUGAAGAGAAAGCAGCCAAGUCUUUUAACUCAGGUUUUCCUAAUUUUGUCAGAAUUAUGAGGAAGUUCAACACCAGUGGUUCGUAUACUCUGAAAAUCCCUCACCAGUUUUCUGCAGCACAUCUCCCCAACUGCAAAACAGAGGUAGUCCUUCGUAAUUCACAAGGAGAAUGCUGGACAGUGAAUUCAGUCCCAGACUCAAAAGGGCGAAGUGUACAUACAUUCUGUGGAGGAUGGAUGGCCUUUGUUCGUGAUAAUGAUAUCAAAAUGGGGGAUGUCUGCAUAUUUGAACUUGUUAGUAAGUGUGAGAUGCUAGUGCAUAUAUCUGGAGUUGGAGGAAAAGCACUCCAGCUCAUUCACGAGGCAUGUUGAACAGUUGAAGAAUUCAAUCAUCGCCAAACAAAUAUUUGGGUUGGGCUUCAUUUUCGUGUUCAGAAGAUCCAACAAGGUGAUAUUUACAUUUUUUGGGCAGAGGGGCAAGUUGAAGUGCUUUGUACGUGCACACUGAAGGAACGAAAUAUUGCUGAAGGAAGUGGAAACAUCUUAUCCGUUUUGUGUUUCAAUUCUAUGCUUCCUUGGUGAAAUAUUGUUCCCAACUAAUCCUUUUACCAAGAAGCAACCACCUUGAAUGUACAUGCAACGUAUCCUCAGUGCUUCUGUUCAUUUUAGCUUGUAAUUGUAGCCCAGCAUGCGCUGAAGAAAAACUGCAGUUGUCUAUAACUGUAAAAAUUGGGUAUUCGGACUUGGAAAUUAAACUUAAUUCUAUAAGCAAA